AUGGCUGUGACCGAAGCUGGAUGCGACCUCACGUACUGCAAAAUGAGGGGAAUCGCUGCUGUUCUAACCGCUUUCAUCAAAGAGAGAAAAAUGGGGUUGAAUGACUUCAUCCAGAAACUGGUGUCGACACCUCAUAUCUGCCAACAUGUGGAAGUCAAUAAUUUCCUGAAAAUUGAUGAAAACCAAAACGAAGAAGUUGAAAAUGGCCUUAGAUUCCUAAAUUCGCAAAGUUCUCUUGCCGAGGACACUCAAAUCAAACCCUGCGAUUUCGACUACCUCAAGAUCAUCGGCAGAGGCAGUUUUGGAAAGGUUCUGCUGGCCCGACACAAGGAGUCCACCAAAUAUUACGCCGUUAAAGUGCUCCAGAAAAAAAUCAUCCUCAAAAAGAAAGAACAAAAGCAUAUCAUGGCUGAACGCAGUGUACUCAUGAAAAACAUCAAGCAUCCCUUCCUAGUAGGACUACACUACUCCUUUCAAACAACUGACAAGCUUUACUUCGUCCUCGACUACGUGAAUGGGGGCGAGCUGUUCUACCAUCUUCAAAGAGAAAGAAUCUUUCUGGAACCUCGUGCAAGAUUUUACACUGCUGAAAUCGCUAGUGCACUGGGUUAUCUUCACUCCCUGCAUAUUGUGUACAGGGACCUCAAGCCUGAGAACAUUCUGUUGGACUCCCAAGGACAUAUUGUCUUAACGGAUUUUGGGCUCUGCAAAGAGGGACUUGAACCUAAUGGCACUACAACAACGUUCUGUGGAACGCCUGAGUAUUUGGCUCCCGAGGUUCUCCAAAAGCAGGCUUACGACCGCACAGUUGACUGGUGGUGUUUGGGUUCUGUGCUGUAUGAAAUGCUCUACGGACUUCCUCCCUUCUACAGCCGCAACACGGCGGAGAUGUACAACAACAUAUUGCACAAGGUGCCAGUACUCAAACCCAACGUGUCCAACGCGGGAAGGGAGCUGCUCGAGGGGCUCCUGCAGAAGGAUCGGACCAAGAGGCUGGGGGUGAAGGAUGAUUUUUUGGAAUUGAAGUACCAUGCCUUCUUCUCUCCAAUUAACUGGGAUGACCUGAUGGCCAAGAAGAUCACGCCACCGUUCAUCCCCUCUGUGAGCGGUCCCACCGACUUGCGCCAUUUUGACCCAGAAUUCACUCACCUACCCGUGUCGUCUUCCCUGUGCAACGACACUUUCAGCGUGACCAGCAGUAUCAAAGAAGCAGCAGGGGCAUUCCCUGGAUUUUCCUACGGGCCUCCAGCGGAAUAUUCAUUUUUGUGA